GGUGGGGCCGCGGGGCCGCGGGGCCGCGCUCCCCCGCGCGAGGGUGGGCUCCGCGAGCCGCCUUCCUCCCGGAAGCCUGCGCUCAGCCCCGAAUCGCCCGAGCCGGCCCCGAGCCGCGGGGCGAAGGUGGAGCGGCUGACGUGGGCGCGUCUCGGUGGCCGAGGGCGGCUUUGGCCCGGCUGAGGGGAGCCACCCGUUCCUCCUUGGAGCCCCCUCUGCCGCAAAACUUUGCUGGAAGUGAGAGGGUGGGCUCCAGCUCACCAGUGCGUAAGGACCCCGACUGUUCCCCAAGGCCUGGUUCUUGGUUCUUGGGUUUGGAAUUGGCUCCACUGAGUUUAGGGCGUCUCAGAACAAUGCUAUAAUAAACAUUCUUCUACCUGGACCUUAAUGCAGAGGCAUUGGCGGUUCCAAGAUACGAGAUACAUGCUUUGGCGUCCUGGGAGAAUUGUGGAGUCAAAAGACCUGUAAUGGCCAGAUACUACAGUGAAGUUCAAAGUUUGCAACAGGAUGAUUCAGUUAUAGAAGGAGUGAGUGAUCAAGUACUUGUGGCAGUGGUGGUCAGUUUUGCUUUGAUUGCUACUCUCCUUUAUGCACUCUUCAGAAAUGUACAGCAGAACAUUCAUCCAGAAAACCAAGAGCUAGUCAGGGUGCUUCGAGAGCAACUUCAAACAGAACAGGAUGCCCCUGCUCCUGCUCGACAGCAGUUCUACACUGAAAUGUACUGUCCAAUCUGCUUACAUCAAGCCUCCUUUCCCGUUGAAACAAACUGUGGACAUCUCUUCUGUGGUUCCUGCAUAAUUGCAUACUGGCGAUAUGGGUCCUGGCUUGGUGCAAUCAGUUGUCCUAUCUGUAGGCAAACGGUAACUCUACUCCUAACAGUAUUUGGUGAAGAUGAUCAGUCUCAGGAUGUUAUAAGAUUGCGUCAAGAUGUUAAUGAUUAUAACCGGAGAUUCUCAGGGCAGCCUAGAUCUAUUAUAGAAAGAAUCAUGGACCUCCCUACCUUGCUGAGACAUGCGUUCAGGGAAGUUUUUUCAGUUGGGGGUCUCUUCUGGAUGUUCCGCAUUCGGAUAAUGCUUUGCUUAAUGGGAGCUUUUUUCUAUCUAAUAUCACCUCUAGAUUUUGUACCUGAAGCCUUGUUUGGAAUUUUGGGCUUUCUAGAUGACUUCUUUGUUAUCUUUUUGUUGCUUAUCUACAUCUCUAUUAUGUAUCGAGAAGUGAUAACCCAAAGACUAGCUAGAUGAAAAAAAUUAGUUUACUAGAAUAUCUGAGCUUAUAUAUAUAAAAUCAAACAAAAGGAUCCAUGGCAGUAUCAAUCACCCAAACAUUAUUUUACACGCUUAACACAUUUGGUUAUCAUUUGACAAAUGACUAGCAAUAUACAACUGGAAUUUUUACAUACUGCAGGUUCUAAUGUCAAGAUCAGAUUUACAGUGAUUUACAGUUUUAUCUCAAUUCUGUGUUUUCUGUAAAAAAAAAAGUAUGAAACAAAUUGAAAAGGGAUACUUUGUUGUUUUCUUUUUCUCCAGAUUACUUAGCUUAGAUACUUAGUCCAAUGUUGCUGAAUGUACAGAUCAUCCUCAGUGGAUAACUAUACAAUAAUAGAGAACUUUGAAACUUAUCUAAAUAUUUUUUGUUAAAGUAAAAUAUUGUAUGAUACUAGGGAAAAGUCAGUGUCUCAGUGUUUGCCAAGCUUUGUGGACUGGGAGCAGCUCUGUUUUUUCAUUUUUGUAUAAUUCUUUGUGAUCAACUGAAAAUGAAAGAAACUUGAACCUCAUGAUUUGACUACAGUUCAGUCUGUAGAAUACUUUAAUCAACAGGAGAAUUAACAAAGUGAAAAUCAUGCAUCUCCAGGAGGCACCUUUGACAUUCAGUUAUGACAUUUAACCAAGAGUUUUGACCUUUUUAUAUAAAUAUAAAGUAACCUGUAGCCAGCUGUGGUGGCUUUCUACUUGUAAUUUCUGCAUUCAGGAAGCUGAGGUAGAAGACUGCUGCUAGUUCAAGGUCUGCCUAGGCUAUAUGAGUUCCAAGUCAGGUUGAGCUACAGAGAGAGGUCCUGCUCAAACCAAAAACAGGGCAGUGAGUAAAGGUGCUUGCUGCCAAGCCUGUCUGUCUGGGUUUGAACCCUGGGUCUCACAUAGUGGAAAAACGGAACAGAUUCUGCAAGUUGUCCUCCGAUCUUCACAUGUGCAUUGUGACCCAUAUGUGUGCGCAACACAUUCAAAGUAAAUAAAAUGCAAGUAAAAGAACAUAAAAAUAGCUUGGAAAGAGAAUUUUUUUCUAGAAACCUAAGUAAUAUUGCAGACAAGUAGUAGUUUAAUACAUUUUUGAGGAAACAGGUUCUUUGUUUCAUUUAGCAUUAGUCAGGGUGUUUAGGAAUGUACUAAGAACAGUAUUAGAUUUUACAAACUAUGAGUUAACUCUUCCAACAAAAUGAAAACAUCUGAUUAGUUGUUUGUUGACCUGAAAUGCAAAAUAUUAUCUUUUAGGUGGCAAUAUUUGGCUCAGAUUCAUCAUGUCUUGGGCAGAAUGAACAAAAAUAGUGAGGUUCGUUUACUAUUUUUGUUUUUUUGAUGGCCAUGACAGAACAUAAGGUCUGUAGGUUUUUGUUUGAGAAGAGUGAGUACUGUAAGCAUAAGAUUCUCACUCCAGCUGGCACUGCUUACUUGUGAGCAACUGGACAUAGUGUGAGGUGACACCUAGAAGGUCUGUUGUCAUCUGAAAUUAUUACCAUUCAGCCUCAGGGUGUGAAUUUAGGGACAGAGGCUAAAGUGUGUCACAUUCCCAAAUUUAUCAGGUUAGCUGCCAAAUAAUGAGAUUCUGAAUGUAAAGUUGUUUCCUAAUUUAGACUUACAACAAAGAUGCUGUCUGCCAUUUAAAAAAACAAAACAAAACAAAACAAAACAACCCUUUGAAACAGUGUUUACAUAGAACAUGAUCAAUGCAGUUUCUCAUAAUUUUUCUUUUUGUCCUUAGAAAAUUUUAUAAGGAAGGUAGGGUAUCACUGGCUUCCUGUUUCAGAGAUGAAACCUUCAUCCUAUGGAUGAAAGAUUUUUGUUUUAUUUCCUUACUUAAUGGAACUAGUGAUAUUUAGGUAGUCUGAAAGCUGGUCUGAGGAGAAGCAGAAGGGAACUGGAAUUCUUUGGAGUCAUAACACAUUAUUCUUUCACUGGAACAGUCUUGGUGCUUCUAAGCAGAAAGCUUGGGAAGGAAGAUUCAUCACAGGCUUCAUCAGCCUUGAGUGUGUACAUCCAAAUCAGGUGAGAGUGGCACACACCUUAGAGAGUCAAGGCCAUUUGUCACCAGCUUGGGAAGUGUUGAGUAGGAGCUCCUUACCAGCCUGGGAAAACACUUUCCAUCUUUUAAAAAUGCAGUGUGGGCUAUAGACAGUGUGACUUUCUGAAAUGAUUUUACUUUCUGUGCAUGUGUUCUGUUCCAAGUGUCACAGUUCUGCACUCUUUGGACUUACUACUAAUACUCUGGGAAGAGAUGUACUGUAUAAAAGUUUGUAACUACAAAACCACUGUAUGGCUGAAGUCUUACUAAACCAGAUGGAACAUACUGUUAUCUCAGAGUUUUGCAUCUCCUAUUCCCUCAUCUUUAUUGAUCAUUAACAAUAAAUGCAAAAGCAAUUUGAGAAAGUAUUUAAAGCAAGUAGUGUCAGUCUGUUUUAAACAGUAAUACUUUUGUAUUCAGAGGUCAUACAAAUCAAAGUAACAAUUUGAUUUGUUUUUAAACAACAAAAAAAGUAACUAUCACAAAAGAGAUGGUAUGAGCUCAGGAACAAACAAUAAUUUGAGCAGCUCUGUGAGGCGAGAAGGGAAACUGUUAGGUUAAUAACUCACUAGAAUAGGGGUUUCUGCACCCACCGUGCUCAGUGUUCUAGAAGCCAGCAGAUGCCUGACUCAGAGUUUAUGAGGUGAUCAGAGUCUUCUUGCAAAUUUUGUGAUUUGGAGAGGUUGAGCAUUUAUUCUUUGGAAUAAAAAUAGUAUAUCUAAAAAUUUUUAAUGUGUUAUGGUUUCUAUUUGUUUACUUGGAAAUUUACAAAUCUUGAAAGACCACUGACUGAAUAUACUGUGGCUUCUAAAAUACUUUGCAUAUUAAUAUUUUAACUCUUUACUAUAGUCCAUACAUUGUGCAUUUGUUUUUGUACAUAUAUGUCCCUUUACAGAGCUAUGUCCAAAAUAACAUAUGCUUUAUGUUAAUUUUGGCUCUCUAUUUUUUGAUUUACACUGCAGCUCAACUCAGUAUUUAUAAUGAACUACAGAAGGGGAAUUUUUCCCUUUUUCAUCUUUAUAGGGUAGAAUGUGAAUUUUUACACAUUUCUACAUUGUACAUUGAUUAACUUAGGAGACGAACAUUAUCCAUCAGAAUCCAGAAAGUCUAGGCCUGGUGUGAGCACAGGAGAGACCUUUGACUGAAGAAAUUAAUCAGUGGUUAAGAGCACUGCUCUCUUCUCUCAGGUUCAGUUUCCACAUAGUAUGCUCACAACCCUCUGUAACUCCAGUCCCAGAGUGUGAUGCUCUCUUCUGGCUUGUGUGGGUACGCAGACAUACAUGAAGUCAAAACUCUCUACAUAUAAAAAUAAUUUUUAAAAUUAAGAAAUAAAAAAUGUUUAAAAAUA